AUUUCUUUAUCUUUGCAGGACCACAAGACACUUUUCCCAGACGUCGCAGGAAGAGCUUCGAUUUUGUGCCACCCCACAUGUCUGAGCUCAGAGCUGUCCUGCUGGGGAACAGCUGGUCUGAGAGGAGCUCAGUGGGAAACUUUAUACUGAGAGAGAACAAGUUCAACCCUGAGGAAGAACUGGACCGAUGUGUGAGAGUCAGCGGACAGAUUCAAGGGAAAGAAAUAUUUCUCAUCAAUACUCCAGAUCUGCUUCAUCUAAAAAUCUCUGAGGAGAAAUUACAGGAACAUGUGAACAACUGUGUGAGGCUCUCUGAUCCUGGACCUCAUGUGUUCCUGCUGGUUCUACAGCCUGAAGACUUCACUGAGCAUCAAAAAACGAGACUCUGCAGAGUCCUGAACUUCUUCAGUGAUCAUUCCUUUGAUCAUUCACUGGUUCUGAUAUCACCACCCAGAGUGAGGCAUCCAGGUUUACGGCAUACUGUUAUGUAUUAUGCACUUUUACAGGAAAUGAUCAGACGAUGUAAUAACAGGUCACUGGAGCUUGAAAACCUCAACAUUCGGGAGUUACUAGAAAACAUGGAACGCAUUGUAGAAAUGAACAAUGGAACACAUGUGAUCUGUCAGCACACCAGCGCUGAACAAAGAGAAGAAGCUCCUGUUACUCUGAAUGAUCCUCAGCCUGUUGGUAAGUAAAAAAACCCCCAAACUCUAUCUGUAGAUAUUUUAACAUAAAGACACUUUCUAAAGUGCUCAGAAGGAACG